UGGACAAAUUUCAUACAUAUCAUCAUAAACAAAAGGCAUGAUACCUCACUCAGCUGAUUCAAUGUUAACAUUUUACGUCAACUACUUCAACCAAAUAAUAACAAUAAUGAAUUGCGUGCUUAACUAUGAAACGAUAUUGGGAUAUGAAUAACAGAAACAUAACAAUAGCUUUUUCUUUCUUUUCUUUAUUGCAAUCAACCAGACUUUCGAGAUUCCGAAAAUUUAUUCCAAUCAAAUAUACCUGUGUCAUUUCUAAAAAUCUAUGAUAAAAUAAAUAUUACUUAUUUGCAAGUAUACACUUCAUUAUAUAACAUUUCAUACAUAUGCACGUUAAAUUAGGUAAGUUUUAUACUAUAAGUUAAAAUAUAUUCGUAUUAAACAAGAAUUAAAUAUAAGUAAACAUUGAUAACAUAAUGUAUAACCCUUUUCUUUCACUUAAUGUAUGCAAGCAUUAUGUACCAUACUAUACUACCAUACUACCACAUUAAUUUGGACACAUUUAACAGUAGUUUACAGUAACUUUAAGUAGUAAUAACAACUCGUUUUAAUGCUUAAGAAUGUUGCAUUUUUUAUCACUUUAAUAGACUAAAACUGUAGUUAUCAAAUAAUAUGUAAAACGUGUGACCGUUGGACCGAGCGCAGAUUUAACACAAUGCAGUUUGAUUUUUGAAGAAGAAAAAUUAUUUGAAACGCACAUGGUAGGAUCCGCUUGGUUGUCUAUUCAAAUCGGUUUUUGUUCUGUGAUACAAUUAUAAAUAUCUAUUUCUUUGGACCAUUCAUAAAAAUUCCAUGGCGGCAUUUGUAAAAUAUACACUUUAAAAAAAUAAACUUUGGAAAAGUAUUAUUAUUUAUUUAAUUUUUUAAGCGAGAUAUGAAACGUAAAGACAAUAAGAGAAAGACUGCGGAUCCGACAGAAACCACGAAACCCAAGAGGCGAAAGCCUGAGCAGAAGCAUAAACCAUCCAGGGCUGUUGAGAGCAGUGGGGAUCAGCCUAGUCCUUCCUCUCAGGUUCCCAGAGACCCGGGACCAUCCCAAAGUCCCGCCGGACAGCCAAGGAGUGAAGAUGCAAGCACUGAACAACAAGCUGAUUCUGAGACAGGAAAGAUAUUCAAUGACCCUAUUCACGGCCACAUUGAAAUUCCCCCUCUGUGUGUGAAAAUUAUCGACACUCCUCAAUUCCAAAGACUUAGGUCCAUUAAACAACUUGGAGGAACGUAUUUCGUUUAUCCUGGUGCAAGUCACAAUCGAUUUGAACAUUCUAUAGGUGUUUGUCAUUUGGCUGGACAACUUGCAUCCGCCUUACAAACACGACAACCAGAUUUGGGAAUCACUAACGAAGACGUUUUGUGUGUACAGAUUGCUGGACUUUGUCACGACUUGGGACAUGGACCAUUUUCUCACAUGUUUGAUAACAAGUUCUUACCAAGUACCGGGAGCAAAAUCAAGCAUGAAUCCUUGUCAGUUAAAAUGUUUAACUACUUAGUAACAAAAAACAAUUUGGACAAAGAAUUUAAGCGUUACUUUGGUAAAAACCUGGCCAAGGACAAGCACAAAACGUUCAUAACUGAAAUGAUUGAAGGGCCACCGAAAACAAAAUCUAAGGGCUGGCAAUAUAAAGGGCGGAACAAAGAAAAGAGCUUUCUUUAUGAGAUUGUUGCUAACAAGAGAAAUGGGAUUGAUGUGGAUAAGUGGGACUACUUUGCUCGGGAUUGCCAUAUGCUUGGGAUCAAGAAUAGCUUUGAUCAUACUCGAUGCAUGAAAUUUGCUAGAGUGGUGGAGGUUAAAGGUGAAAAGCAAAUAUGCUUUAGAGAUAAGGAAGCAGCAAAUCUGUAUGAAAUGUUUCAUACUCGGUACAUAUUGCACAGAAGAGCAUAUCAACACAAAGUGGGGAACAUCAUAGAAAUAAUGAUAUCUGAAGCAAUGAAAGAGGCUGAUGAACACAUUUUGACACCACGGAAGAAAGGAACGAAACUUCGGAUAUCGGAAACUUGCACAGACAUGUCGGCAUAUGAAACACUAACAGAUUCCAUUGUUGAUCGAAUUUUAUGGUCAGAAGAUGCAAAUUUGGACAGGGCAAAGAGAAUUUUGGAAAACAUUAGGAGCAGGAAUCUGUACAAAUGUGUGGGGCACACUAUUCCUCCUAACAAAAUGGAUGAAAAAGACGUACGGCAAAAAUAUCUUGACAUACUGAAGGAAAAAAGCAGUGGGUUAAGCGAAAAUGAUGUAAUCAUUGAUGUUGUAAAUUUUAACUACGGCAAGAAAGACAAAAACCCUAUCGACCAUGUCUGCUUUUACACAAAGAAGGACCCCAAUAAAGCAGACAAAAGAAAAAUGAGUGAGGUGUCUGGUCUGCUGCCAAAAAAGUUUGAAGAACAAGAAAUCCGAUUCUAUUGCAAGAAAGAUGACGACACAAGUCUAAAGGAGGCCUCUAUUGUCUUUCAAGACUUCAAGGAUCUCUAUUGCCCUUAAAGUGCAAGGAAAAUAAUUGUUCUGUGAUCAAGGGUAUUUGAAUGACCCCUGUCAAAUCUACUGAGUAAGAACAAGCUGACGACGGUAAAUCUACUGAUCUAUACGCACCAUUUGAAGAUCAACCUAAUAUGAUUCAUAUCUUGUUAGAAAAGACUCUGAAAUGAAUUUAGUGUUAAACACACACUAAAAACAUAUUCAAUCACUGGAUACUACAUGUAUGUCAAGAGUAAUGAGCUUUGUAAGUUACAAACCAAUGCUUUUGGUAUUGCACUUUAAAUAUUAUUAUUUUAUUUUCUGUUAUUAUCAUUUUAUAUUUUUAUAUUAGUCGGUAGCAUUCUUGUUUCUUUUUUUUAACAUAGAUCUUAAAUCUAUAUAAUACUGUCAAUGAAU